AUGAAAGAUUAGAUAUGCAAAGAAACUAUUAGUCCUGAACCAGAAAAAUAAAAAUCAUUAAAUUUUCAUAGAAGAUUAACAAGUUCAUAGAUUGAAAGUGCUGGAAAAAAUCAAUAAUCUUAAAAGCAACUAUCUAAUAAAAUUUAAAGUAUAACACUUUGAUCAAUUGUAGUGCAUGGUUUAUAGUAAUUACUUAAGGUGGGUCCACAUAAUAAAGUACUUCAACCUAAAGUUUACUCAUAGAUGCUUAUACAUGAAAGUUUUUCUUAAUAAUACUUAAAAGACUUAAGUACAGCUUAUACUCCCAAUUAAUAAGCAAAUAUCUAGAGCAACUUUUUUAAAAAAGCAACUUUAUCAUAAUACUCAACAAUGACAAGUAGCAUAAAACCUAGAUUAAAGAGUGCAAACAAAGAAACAAUUAAAAGGAAAUCACAAAAUGAAACUACAUAAUUAUUGUCAAACAGAGAAAAGGAUAGAUAAACUAUUAUUUAGUUAUAAGAAAUAGUACAUAGGACAAAUUCAUUGUUAUAGCAAUAUCAGAAUGAAAUUUAUAGACAUAUCAAAGAAAAGGAGGAUUUAGUUAAUAUUAUACAACAAUUGUAAAUGCUCUGA